UUCGCAGCAAAGUCUCCUCCCUAUAAAACAACCACGAUUCCCCAUCCCAAUCUCUCCUCAUCACGAGUCCUGGAAAUCCCGCAAAAGAACCCCAAGAAACAAGUGAAAAAAUUCGAUCUUUCCUCGAUUCGGUCCUCCAAUCCACCAAGAGCAGCCAUGGCCGCCGAGUCCGCCAACGACGCCCGCAACAACCAGCCCGCCACGGAGGAGGAGGUGACGGUGGAGAGGGCGACGGAGGAGAAGGAGGAGAGGCUGAGGUACCUGGAGUUCGUACAGCAGGCGGCGGCGCAGGCGCUGGUGCUGGCGGCGGCGGUGUACGCGUACGCCAAGCAGGGGGCCGGGCCGCUCGGCCCCGGCGUCGACAGCGUCGAGGGCACCGUCAAGGCCGUCGUCGGGCCCGUCUACGACCGGUUCCACGCCGUGCCGCUCGAUCUCCUCAAGUUCCUCGACCGCAAGGUCGGUGAGUCCGUUGAGGAGCUGGACCGCCGCGUCCCGCCGGUGGUGAAGGAGGCCCCCAACCUCGCCCUCUCGGCGGUCAACGAGGUUCGCCAGUCCGGCGUUGUGGGCACGGCGGCUGGCCUCGCCAAGUCGGCCAUCGCCCGCGCCGAGCCCAAGGCCCGGGAGCUCUACACCCGCUACGAGCCCGUGGCGGAGCGCAGGGCCGCCGAGGCCUGGGUCGCCCUGAACCGCCUCCCGCUGGUGCCGUCUGUGACCAGGGCCGUGCUCCCCACUGCCGCGCAGCUGUCGGCAAGGUACAACUCGGCGGUGUGCGACGGCGCCAAGCGCGGCAGCACGGUCGCCACGUACCUCCCGCUGGUGCCGACCGAGAGGCUUGCCAGGGUGUUCAGCUACCCCAUGGCUGACGCCGCCCCGGCGCCGGAGAUGCAGCCCAUUCCAUCGCAGUAGAGAUGGAGAUGGAACAACUUGAAACGACAUUUCCAUGACAUAUAGCAGCGUCAUCCUUUAGCAAGUACUGAAGUCUUAAUGUGUAAUGAGGUGACGAACUGAAGUUGUAUGUGGUUGGUACCUGUGAUUAACAGGAGUCAGGAGGUGGCCUUGGUUCAUGCUUACGUUGAAAUUCUCCGCUCUAUAAAAGUGACAUCUUUUUCUUUCAAAUUUA